AUGCCACACACUACCUGUUUUUUGGAGGACUGUCACAGACGGAUUAAGUCAAAUCAGAAACGCCAUCGACUUGGAGCUCCUGCACUUUGGCCCUUGUACAGUCGACUUUUUGAUAAUUCGGAGGAGGCGCACAAAACUGAGGUCAUUUGCGAAGCAUGCCACGUCAAGAUUCGCUCACAACUGAAAGAUGAAGCGACGAAGCACUUCCGACGGUCAAAACCUCAAGUAAUGGACGAAGGUGUCAUUCUACCUGGCCGAACCAGGUUAAAUAUGAGAAGAGAAGAGAAUGAUGUUCGUGGCGCUGAGGAGGAAGAUCGUCGUGGCGAUGAUGAAGACGGUGAUCGUGGCGCUGAGGAGGAAGAUCGUCGUGGCGGUGAUGAAGACAGUGAUCGUGGCGCUGAGGAGGAAGAUCGUAGUGAUGAAGAUAGUUCUCGUGGAACUGAGAAAGAUGACUGUCGGGGUUGUGAAGAUGGAGGUGACGACAACUAUUUUUGUGGGGCUCACGACGACUAUGCUGGGGGAGAAGAGAUUGACCGCUUCGAGUAUGGAUUAUUGGAGAUGGAGCUAAACGACUUUCGUUUAGACGGUGGACAAGAUAUUGAUACUGCACUCGACGAUGGCGCAAUUUCUCAAUGGCACGACAAGGAUUCAAUGGCUAUAUCCAUAAGUAGCAGAAGCGAAAUCGAAUCACAAUGGAGCACUCAGGGAACUAUUAUCACUAUGACCACUACCGGAAAUGACUCACAGGCGUCAGCUCUUUCUUCUCAGGCCCACGGAUCAUGCAUCUCUCAAAUAUCGAUGUCAAGCUCAAUGUCUACCAAAUCCCGGCGACUACCAACUAUCGACUCUGUUGGAUCAACGCAGAAGCGAUGCUUUAUAUGUAAUAACCCUUCUGGAAGAAAGCGAAUUCCGAAAUCCGCCAUCACUCAAGUUUGGACCGAGAAAGAAAUAUUCAUACCACAUGACAAUCGCUGCUGCGCUAUGCACCUCGAGAGACAAUUGUUCACUGAUGAGGCGAUAGAGUUGAUCAUCCCAACUAAACAUGGUGUCUUGAUGUCGGAUGAAGAGCUUGCACAGUGGAUUUUGGAUCUCAGCAGCAAUAAAAACAAGUUAGGUGCUCGAAGACGUCGUUAUAAUUCUAUUGUAAAUGUAAACAAGGCGCUCGGACAAUGGGCUGUUGUGCACAUAUUUGCACGGUGCUGUGGUACUUGGGUUAUCAAAGGUACCAAAACCCAGUUACAAUUAACGUGCGGAAACGGAAGCUGGAAAUUAUCAACGCGGGGCGUUCCAAGGAAGUGGUGGCGGAGAACUAAGACGAAGAUUUUGGUUACACUAUUUUUAGUUAAGGUUAUGCAUGCACGUCAAAUCUGGUAAUGAUUAACAAUUUUAGUUCAUUUGUAAAGUACGGGAGAAUUUGGGAAAACCCAUGAGUACUAUGAUUGAUUUCGUAGUUGGCAAAUCCCAAACGUACUUGCAAAUGCAU